AGAUUCCCUCUCCCCCCCCCCCCCUCUUUCCACUUCCUCCCUGUACUUUGCCACCACUGCCACCCCUGCAUCUGGCGUUUUUGGUUUUCCGUCGCGCCCAGCUCCUCAGUUGCGCUUUGACAGUCGUGUUGUGCGGCGGCGAGAAGACGUAUUUUGUGUUGCGAGAGCGAGCUAUCCCCCCCCCCCCCCUCUACACUUCUACAUCUUGUGGUUGACGCCCCGGGUCUGCCACGCCCAUUCACGCAGGUGAGUGACAGAAAACUAAUUUCCCUUCACCGGGGAAACAAAAGGGUGUGUGUGCUUCCUAACGACUGCCUACAGCGCCGGUAGGUUGUUUUUUGUUUGUUCGAACGAAAUUUCUCUCUUGUGUUUGCAACAGGUGAACAAAAACGUGUUUUUGCGACGUAAACAUAUUUAGUCGAAGGUAAAAAAAAACACGCUUUCGCCCAUCAAAAUUGCACCAUUUGUACUCAAAGAGUGUUAAAAUAAUUUAUAAAUAAUUUUGGGAAUAUUAUGUAUUGCUUGUAAACUCUUGAAUCGUAAUGUUUGCAGUUUUCUUAACACUCAUUUUAAGUUGGCGUCAAGCUAAGAAAAUUAUUACCAAUUUAAAUAAGAAUAUGAGUAUUAGGUUACAUUAAAAAAAAUUGCAUUUAAGAAUUUUCUGAGGGCCGAAAAGUACUUUUGAUCUCUGAUUAAGUUUUUAAACAGUAUUUUCUCUUUAGCUGUGGAGUGGGUUUAUUGCUUGUGUACCAAGUUCUGUUUUUUUUUAUUCGUUUCUGGCCUGGCUAUAUCUUAUAUGCAACAUCGCCUCUACAGGCCCGUCUAUAGAAUCUUUAAGCAAAAAAUAUUUCAGGUAUACUGUCGUGCUUAAACCAUUAUUGUAUGCUUGUACCGGACACCUGUGAACCACAAGGGCAUAUCCAAAUCAAAACAUAAGUGGUGAGGUGUAUUAUUCGAUAUUAAAACUUAUGGCUUGUUUGCGAAAACCAAUUGACUGUGAAUGCCCAGUGUGGCUAACCCAUUUAACCUUUUUUCACCAAUAGUGCUUCUUGGCCAUGUUUAAGUAGACAGUAACAAGUAUUAGUUACAUUGUUACCUGCGGAAAACAAGGGAUGUGAACAGUUUAAAUCGAGACUAUGUACACGACACAGGCUGUGACGAUAUUUUAACGAAAACUUUACCGUUGUCCACAUACGCUUAUGACCAGGGGCGCAACAACAGGAAGGGGGGGGGGGGGGGGGCAAGGGUGUGUUGCCCCUCCUCUGAAACCUUGAAAUGAGGGCUAACGGGGGCAAAGAAAAUGCUGUGUAAUCAAUUUUUAUAUAAUAAAACUGCUUAAAUAGCACCAGUUUCCACCUUGAAAUACAAAUUUUCCCAGGGGAUCGAUUCUUUAUAAAAAGGUAUAUUGUCCCUCCUUUGGAAAUUUAGUUGUUGCGCCCCCUGCUUAUGACGCUUCUGAGAUGAUUGACGCUUCGAUUAGUAGCAAAUCGCGAAUGAUGAGAUCCAACGCAAAAAAAAAUUUUUUUUUUAAAAAGCUAUGUUCCUUUCUAGGUCAUUAAUUUUGCCUUAAACACUUCAAAAGUUGUAUAUCUUCUGAAUGACUUGAUUAUUUCAAGUACACAUUUUCCUAAUACGUUUUGUGUGAUUAGGUGUCAAGAAUUAAACAUUAUAAAGUUUUUUGUGCAGUGUAGAUAAGAAAAAUUUGGCUACUUCAUAAUGUAUGAAUUUUUACAGAACAAAAAUUAAUUUUAUUCAGCUAUCAAAAUAAAAAUUUAUACUUCAAAUAACACUUUUUUUAUACUAAAUUUGAAACUAUUUAGUGCUGUUAUUGUUUUAUGGCGUGCGAUAAAAUACUGGCUCCUCGCCCGUCUCUAAAUGACUUCGAUAUCUGAGAGACUCAAGUCCCAUUCAUACAUCCAAUGUCGACUUGAUGUAAAAGCCCAAUUUAUUUAUUCGAUGUCUACAAGUUCAGUUCAUUCAUCCAUUCAUUCAUUCGAUGUCGACGAGUUGUCAAAACCCAUUCAUUCAUUCAAAAUCGAUGUGAUGAUUUCAACCAAAUUCCGUUCAUUAAUUCGAUGUCGGACGAGAUGUCCAAGCCAAUUUCGUUCGUACGUUCGUUCUCAUGUCAACGAGACGUCAAGCUCGAUUCAUUCCAUAUCCUUUUUAUUUAUAAAACCGGUUCUCUUUGCGAGGGCGUGGGACACUGUAUUGUUAGUCCCGGAACUUCAAGUGUUUUCUGCUUUCCCUGUGGCAGCAGCGCUGGCUCUUCAACUCCCCCCCCCCCCCUUUUCCAUCCCGGGACCCGCGGGUGCUUGUAUCGAUGGUGUUUCAUCUUUCCGGCGGUAGCGGCGCCGUGCUGUGCCGAGCGCGGCUGUUCUCAUCCCACGACCUUCGCCGGCGGACUGUGAGAGAACCGCAUCCCCACACGGCUUCCCGUGUGAAGAAAAAAAAUUGCGCUUCCUCCUUAUGAUAAUCUGUUGUUUUUUUUUUAGUUUUUUUUUUUAGACAGAGUCUUGUUUAUUUCACGUUACCAUUAAGGCCCCCGCCUACCCGGGCGCGCACACGGUGCGCAGAGCUUCAGGAAAAACAACGCGAUUUCAAAACUACUCAAGAUAGCCGAGUGGGGUCUGCUUACGAAAAACAUUUUCAGAGUUCGCUGAGGUCCGAAAAGUACUUAUGGAUUUAGGAUUAAGUUUCUUUAAAAUGUAUUUUUAGAAGAGUUAAAAUGGUUAAAAAGGUAUGAUUUAGGCUUAAAACAACCGGUGCAGAUUCUUGAAAGCAUUUGAGGGAUUUGAAUUACACCAUUAUUUUCAUUUCUUCGCUAUAUAAUGUUACGGUCACCGCUCAAAUUUCGUAGUUGUCCUAUGCUUGGCUGCGCGCCAGAUCAGAGCCUAGCGCCUAGGCCCGUUCUACAGUGGCACGUAAACCGGAGACGGAUUUCCCGGAAAAUUUCACCAUCGCGUCUCUUCUGCUUUCACAAUGCACGGUAACGUAAAAUUGGCAACCUAUGAGAUUUAAUUUCAAGGUUAUGAAAUAUUAAUUUAAAAAAUAUAUAGGUGUGUUAUGCCUCAGGAACAUUGUGCGAUAAGAAUUUAUAUUUACUAUGAAAAUAGCAUCGCGCCUAUCGUCCCGCCUGACUUCAUACAAACGUGGAGUAGGAGAUUUGUGGUAUGAUAAGCCAGUAUGAAAUUCAGAACAUAAGUAUGUAUUGUCUCGUCAAAAAAAAAGAGGGGGGGGGGGUGGUUUGAGCUACUUACCAGUUCACCACCAACCAGUGUGUGUCAUGUUGUCUGUAUUCAUGGCCUUAUUGGCUGAAUAAACUCGUGUGUGGUUUUUGAGUGUGGCGAAAAGCUGUUGGACCCCACAGGCGUUUUAUUGGAAGGGUUGGCACCCAUCCUGUCCAUGAUUAGUGAAUGUUUGUCUACCGCUUAACACCCUUCCCCCCUUUUAAGAGGCCUAUACAGACAGUCUUCAGGGCGUGAUUGUAGGGCCUUUUGUUAAGAAGAAUUUGCAGCUUCCCAUUACAGAUAAACUGUCAUGUUUUUUUGUGUGUAGAAGGAAAGGAUGAAUGGGUCGAUCUAUAAUUUUUAUAAUGCUUUUUAAAAUUCGUAACAUAGGUAAAAAUAUUACCGAAUAUGUGGUUUUACGCAGCUGUUUUAUGUAUCGUGUGUAAUGCAUACAAAAAAAGUAGAUACACACAACGAUAGAGUAUUAAUCGUUGAUUAAAAUGGUGUAAAAAAAUACAUAGGUCACCGCUGAAAAACUCCCAGAAUUCUUCUACGACAAAAUGGUUUUCCGCACAUUUAUUCUGCCGGGAAGUGUCUCCCUCGCGCGGCGUAUUCUUCAGCCGGCGACUGGAGCCGAGGAGUGGGGCUAGCGGCUGCUGUGAAGGCAGCGGAGGGGAAGUUCGUCUGACGGCUGCUCGGUCGCCUUAUCAGCGCGUCGGGGUAUCGGAUAUCGCGAUAAGCAUAUGUGUCUACAGCUGAGGCCGCCUGGUCGGGAAGUAAUAAAUUCUAGGAUUCAGGAAGUUAUUCCCAGAGCAAACCUCAACCAUUCUACGCCCACCACAUCGCGCGGCGAGAAGACUCAGUAAGGCAUAUUCGGAGCCAAGUGGAGGUUAUCUGUAAGCGAAAAAAGUUGAGCGACUGUUAUUUUUACCCCUUGUUGAAUCGAUAUUUGACUUUGUAACAGCAUCGAGAAAUACUAUUAUAUGCACGAUUUCUUUUUCAAGAAUGGAUGAGAAGAGAAACUGGAGAAAAGGAAAGAAGAAUCAUCUUUAUAUUUCUGCAACAAGAAAGAAAAAUAAAGCUACUCAUCUCAAAGCAUACUGGAGUCAAAGGUCAGUUUGUUUUGUAAUAUGUCAUACAAAAUACAGAUGGCGUUCAUUAGCCUGCGUAGUCGAAACUUACCUUGUGAUCUCUCACCUACAACACCUUCCCCACCAUAAUGUUGAAUUAUCUUAGAUGAACAGUAGCAUAUUGAAAAGUUUAUUUAAAAUAUAUAGGUUAAAUAUGUAUGUUUAUGAUAUGUAAUGCAUCCAUAAGUUAUCAGUUUUGACAGGCUGAGCUCCCUGUUGAGAAGGGGGAGGGGGGAAACAAAAUCUGGCUCCUCACAGUCGAAGCAUAUAAUAUGUGUUUGUAUUAACAUUGUAGUAUUAACCUUUAAAAUGUGUAUGUGUACAUUUUUUUAAUUUGGCACUGAAUUAUCAAUUUAUUCACAGGAAAAAAACUAUACCUAAACAAAACAAUGUCAAUGAAGAAUUGGAAAACCAGAGCCUAUCAAGAAUUCACUGCAGCCAUCAAGCACUGAUUGAAAACGAAAUAACUUCCGGAGUGCAUGAAGAAAGCUAUCCGGCAAAGUGAGUAACUGUUUACAUUUUAUUUAAAACAAAUCUAAGUUAUUCCCAAACGGUGGGUCGCGGAAGGGUUACAGGUGGGUCGCGACUCAAUCCUAUAACUAUCAGAAACCAUCGAAUAAACAACCAGAAAAAAUAAGAAAAAUCGAAACAAAUCGAAUUGUGUGCAAACACGUAUCUAUUGUUAAAUAAAUAACUGUUUUGCUACAAAGUGCUUAUUAUUUGUCAACAAUUUUAAAAUCAGAACACAAAUUGUUUAUAAAUAAUCAAUCUGUAUCUUAAAAAAAACAUAUACAUGUAUAUAUUUGCAAUAUUUGUUGGUAAAUUAUGUAUACAUAAGGAAGGGAUACGAUACAAAUAAGGUUUUUUACUCCACCAUGGACCGAUAGACCGUGGAGGUAUUCCUAUAAGGAAAGGUGGGGCGCCAGCUCGAAAAGUUUGGGAACCACUGUUUUAGAGAAAGUAAGAUUGGCAACACAACCAGUUCUAUUAAUUUAACAAAUAUGCUUUGGCCAAAAUAUACAUAUGAUUUUUGGUCUGUUCAGUGUAAGGUCAUUUAUGGCACAAAAAAUAAAGAAGUCUAGGUAUUAAAAAAAGGAUAAAUUUUAUGUAUUGCAGGAAAAAAAUUAAACUUGAUAGCUGCAUUUAUCAAGUUCCGGAAGGCAGAGACUCACGAAGUCACCUUGGCAGCCAGGGAGUAAAUAAGGCACAAGAAAUUUCUUCAAGAGAAAAUGACACUUCAGAUGAAGAGAAUAACUACUCUGUAGCCAAUGUCCUGCACAAUGAAGAUGGACAGUGUAUCUCUACAGCCGUGUCUUACACAGAAAUGCAACCGCCUCUGAAACUAUUUGAGAUGGAAGCAGGAUGUUCUUUCUGGUCAACCACCGAAGGAGCCAUUGACAUUCCAUACGAGCUGGUAGACAGGAAUGAGCCAACUGUAGACAGUAGAUGUAUCAACAAUUCAGAGACAAGCAAUCAGGUUAGCUGAAUGACAAUGAUAUUGCUUUUAAUUAUAUUGACCUGUUAAAAAAUUUACAGUUAAGUUAUAAUUUAACUUUACAAAUAGGCUAUACUUAAAUUGAAAAAUUACACUACUCAAACUACAUAAAUAUUUUUUUAUCUGAAAUUUCACUAAAAACAGGGCUAAUAAAUGAAGACAGUAAAAAAUCUUAUCCCCAUUUAGUGACAAUAGACAGUAUAUUUUUUUUACCUUACUUAAUAGUGAUACACCAUACCCAGUUAAAACACAAACAGCAUUCUUAAGAACACUGACUUAAGCACUAAAAAUGUUUAUAUUGUAGCAAGACUUUUCAAAGUAUGCAUCAUACAUUGGACAAAAAACUAUUAAAAAUACUACAGCUACUAUUUACUGCUUUUACUGCUAUCAAUACUCCUUUUUUAUUCGUAACUUGGGAAACAAUAAUAUAUACAUAUUUUAUGCACAUAGAAAUAUAACAUGAUUUUUAGUUACAUUAAUAGAUAUAAGUUAUUCAAAAAUAAUGUAUUUAUGGAUGAUUUCAGCCGAACAGUUUAUUCAUUACUCCAAGAAAAUAUCAACAUUUGGAUGAAUAUAUUGAACAUGUAAAGGAAGACAACGGUUUGAUACUCCAAAAGCAGCAAACAUCCACAUCCUCACCAAGUAGCUGUUCUCAGGGUGAAAGAGUGUUUUCAAAUGACGAAGAGAAAACUGAAGAAGUGUUGUACGGUGUCAGAUUUGUAGAUAUGUCGUACUUCUUACGAAAACUCACGGAAGCAAGUCAGCAUAAUAAAUCGUUUGGGUGUACUCUUGCAAAUAUGUGUGUAAAAAAAGAAAUUCGAAAAGGAUUUUCAUCUAUUAUAGUAUUUUUUUGUAAUAUGUGCAACAUGACUGUCGGUGUUCCUACGCAUAAUAUGGAAGAUAAUUCAGUUAUGGAUAUGAAUUCAAGGGCUGUUGCUGGAGUUAUGGGCAUUGGGGCAGGGUAUUCUCAAUUACAAGAAUUAUGUGCAGCAGUAGGCGUGCCUUGCAUGGCGCCAGCAACUUAUUCCAAACAUCACGAUGUUAUCUGUAAUGGCUGGGAAAAAGCAGCUUCAGAAAAAAUGGAAGAGGCUGCACGCGAAGAAGCUGAAUUAGCGAGAGCCAAUGAUGAAGUUGAUGAGAAUAACAUUCCCCUCAUUACUGUUGUUGUCGAUGGCAGUUGGUGCAAACGCUCCUACAAAUGUAAAUACGAUGCACUUUCUGGGGUAGCUGCGAUAGUGGGGUAUCGCACUAAGAAAGUUUUGUUCAUGGCAGUUGCAAACAAAUACUGCUAUGUUUGCGCUCGAGCGAAAAAUAACGAAUCUAUCCCUUCACAUGAUUGCUAUAAAAAUCAUGAAGGUAGCUCAAGUAGCAUGGAAGCAAAAAUAAUAGUAGAAGGAUUCAAAAAGAGUGUAACUAUGUACAACAUAAAGUAUGCCAAAAUUAUAGCCGAUGGUGACAGCAGUGUAUACAAGAAAAUUCUGGAAGCUAGGCCAUAUGACAAUCUUACUGUUGAGAAGAUAGAAUGCAGGAAUCAUCUGCUCCGCAAUUACAGGAAAAAAAUUAUUUCUGCAAGUGAAAAUACUAAUCUUGGGACUACCAUUCUGAGGAAAAUAGUUUAUAGUAAAAUGAGUAAACUAUCCAUUGGAGUGCAAAAAGCAAUCGCUUACAGAAAGUCACAGGACACCGAUUUUCAAGUUAAAGUUUCACAGUUGAAAUGCGAUAUUGAAAAUGGUCCGAGCCACGUUUUUGGUGAGCACAAAAAUUGCAGUACUUUAGGUUACUUCUGCGAUGGUCGAAAAGACGGUGAAUCAAACCUUGUCCCAGAGUUGGAAAAAAAUUCUUUGUGGUCUCAUAUUUAUAAAGCAUGUCAGUAUUUAGCUGCUCAUUCUCGAAGCCUCAUACAUGAUGUAGAUAGCAACAAAGUCGAACAAUUCAAUUCAAUAAUUGCGAAAUUUUCCGGAGGAAAAAGAGUGAACUUUGCAACGAAACGAUCUUAUCAAGGGAGAUGUGCUGGUGCUGUAAUAGCACACAAUACAAAAACACCACAAUAUGUGUUGCACAAAAGCAUGUUCAACGGUAUAAGUCCGAAUAAAAUUUCAAAAAGGUUAGAAUUCAGACGGCGGGAACUUCGAAGACGGGAAUUAGAAAUAAAAGAAAAAAACAAACAAAUUAAAUCAUCAACGAAAACAGCCAAAAAAUCUCUCACCAAAACCUAUGGAGAAAAGGACUAUGGUCCUCAAUGUCAACAGCCUGACAUGGAUCCAGAAACAUUUGAGGAACAGAAACAAGCUUUCCUCAGUAGGUUACAACUAACACAAGAGGACCGUCAACAGUUAGAGAGAGACACAAUUCUCCAGGCAGGAAGCGGAAAAUGGCUUGAAACACGUAGAAAAAUUCUAACGGCUUCGAAUUUCGGGAAAGUCUGUCGUAGACGUGCAUCAACAAGCUGCGCGAACUUAGUUCGCAGUAUUGUUUAUACCUCCGAUAUUUUGAACGUGCCUGCAAUUUAUCAUGGUAAAAAGUUUGAGGUAAUGGCUAUAGAACAACUAGAAAAACAAGAAGGAAUUAAGGUUGGAAAAAGUGGACUCUUCAUUGACAAGGAAUUGCCUUUCUUGGGUGCCACUCCGGAUGGUGUUAUUGGAGAAAAGGGUCUUGCAGAAGUUAAGUGUCCAUCAUCUGCAAUUGGAAAAGAUGUUACUGCAGCAGUUAAACAAGGGAACAUCCGAUAUCUGAGUUUCGAAGGAGAUGAACUGAAACUGAAAAAAACACAUUCAUAUUUUUAUCAAGUUCAGGGACAGCUGCACAUUUCAGAGAGGGAAUAUUGCAUUUUUGGUGUUUGGACAUCAGUUGAAAAAGAGAUGGCAAUAUUUCGAAUUGAAAGGGAUGACAAUUUUUGGAAACAAGAGAUGGAACCACAUCUUACAAAAUUCUAUUAUAACUGCAUUUUGCCAGAACUGGUGGACCCUAGGCAUACGAGGAGCAUGGAAAUUCGAGACCCUCCAUACAUUAUUGACGCUAUUGAAAAAAGAGCAAGAAAAAAAUUUGCUGCUGUCAAGACUUGUUCAGCUGCUCAUUAAUUACUUCUGUAGCUUAGCUUCUUAAAAAAUGGGGGAAUAUAAUACCUAUGUAUUUUUUCUCAAAUUAUUUAUUGCGAUGUAACUUUAUUAUAUAAGAAAAUAUAAAGUCAGUGUGCUGUUAAAUUAUGCUUGUAAAAGCAGACCAUCUAAAUGUACCCAACUGUAUCCAUAAACGCAUGUUUUUAUCUUUGUGGUGUGUAAUUGUGUUCAAAUUCAAUUAUAUUUGAUUAAAGAAGAUGUAUUUGUACAACAUCAUACAUUAACUUUGUUUUUCUUCAUAAAAGCCAAAAAUAAUUUGUACAGAUAAAUCGAUGAUUGUUAUUUUCUGAACAGUUAUUGGGUGGAGAUGCAUACAAAUAUUUUAAAUAGCAAAUUGUAAACAAUCUAAACAUGUACAAAA